UCCGGUCCUGAAGUUUUAAUCUUUAAAAAUUUAAAUACUUUACAUUGAAAUACUGACUACACAUCAGUAGUCAGAUGUGGCCAGUGGCUGUCGCGCAGUGUGGGAAAGCAGUCACGGAUGGGUGGUAAAGUUUUUCAGCUUGCUUGCGUUUCUAGCGGUGGGAUUCUAAGACCUCCUUUGCUGGUGUGUUCUAGAGUCACCUCCGCGUGAGGUGACACGUUCUUCUCUUGGCCUUGCUGAGUGCCAGCCCUCCAUUGUGACAUGGGACAGGGAGGUCACUGCGUCUCCUGGUAACCCUUAUAAAGGCAACGCGGCCUUCUCCAGACUGAGCCGCUGAGUCCUCCUCAGCACUCUGUGGCCCUCUUUCGUGGCCUCUCUCGUUCCCUAGGUGACACCCGUUUGUUGAACGAAUAGAGUUACUUGGAGUGGGACCACCGGCCUGUGCAGUGGGUGGCCGGGUGGCUGCUGUGCUCCCUUCCAGCGGCACUGUCUGGUGUGAGCGCUCGGCAUGGAUUCUAAACUGCCAUCUUCAGUCCGCAGUACACUUCUGGAACUGUUUGGUCAAAUAGAAAGAGAGUUUGAAAACCUUUAUAUUGAAAACUUAGAAUUGCGUAGAGAAAUUGAUACUCUCAAUGAGCGUCUAGCUGCCGAAGGACAAGCUAUCGAUGGAGCAGAACUGAGUAAGGGCCAGCUCAAAACCAAAGCCAGCCACAGCACCAGCCAGCUUUCUCAGAAGCUGAAGACCACCUACAAGGCCUCCACCAGCAAGAUCGUCUCCAGCUUCAAGACCACCACCUCGCGGGCUGUCUGCCAGCUGGUGAAGGAGUACAUCGGCCACCGGGACGGCAUCUGGGACGUCAGCGUCGCCAGGACGCAGCCGGUGGUGCUGGGCACUGCCUCGGCGGAUCACACGGCCCUGCUGUGGAGCAUCGAGACGGGGCGGAGCCUGGUCAAGUACACGGGCCACGUGGGUUCAGUGAACUCUAUAAAGUUUCAUCCCUCAGAGCAGUUGGCUCUCACCGCUUCCGGGGACCAGACCGCGCACAUCUGGAGAUACGCGGUGCAGCUGCCGACGCCCCAGCCCGCAGCCGAUACGAGUCAGGUCUCCGGAGAAGACGAGGUGGAGUGCUCUGACAAGGACGAGCCCGAUCUCGACGGAGACGCGUCCAGCGACUGCCCCACCAUCCGCGUCCCGCUGACGUGCCUCAAGAGCCACCAGGGCGUGGUCAUCGCCGCCGACUGGCUGGUGGGCGGGAAGCAGGCCGUGACCGCCUCCUGGGACCGGACGGCCAACCUGUAUGACGUGGAGACGUCGGAGCUGGUGCACUCACUGACAGGGCACGACCAGGAGCUGACGCAUUGCUGCACGCACCCCACCCAGCGGCUCGUGGUGACCUCCUCUCGAGACACGACCUUCCGCCUGUGGGACUUCAGGGACCCCUCCAUCCACUCCGUGAACGUGUUCCAGGGACACACAGACACCGUGACCUCGGCGGUGUUCACCGUGGGCGACAACGUGGUGUCGGGCAGCGACGACCGCACAGUGAAGGUCUGGGACCUGAAGAACAUGCGGUCGCCCAUCGCCACCAUCCGCACGGACUCCGCCAUCAACAGGAUCAACGUCUGCGUCGGCCAGAAAAUCAUCGCCCUCCCCCACGACAACCGGCAGGUGCGGCUGUUUGACAUGUCGGGCGUGCGGCUGGCGCGGCUCCCGCGGAGCAGUCGGCAGGGCCACAGGAGGAUGGUGUGCUGCUCGGCCUGGAGCGAGGACCACCCCACCUGCAACCUGUUCACCUGCGGCUUCGACCGGCAGGCCAUCGGCUGGAACAUCAACAUCCCCGCCUUGCUGCAGGAAAAAUAAGGCCACCGGCUGGCGUCCCCUGGCCUGGUCGUUUGCCGUGGACCUUUGACUGGUGCAGACUUUCUGCGUGUUCAUCCGCCGAUUCCGCGAGAGUCUGGCCCUGGGGAGGGAGCUCUGUCUGUGUGUCUCCACAGCGUGCCCGGCUUGCAUGCCAUGUACAGAGAAACGUGUGCUGUGUGUUUAUUUCUGUCCUGUGUGUGUGUGUGUGUGUGUGUGUUGGCAUCCUCUGGUCAGUGCAGGUGAAGCUCACCCGCCACGUAGCCCGUGAGACGCUCUCGAGCGGUCGGCGCUGACAGGCGACCAGCAGGGCGUUGCGUCCGUGGAAUUAAAUGUGAACCUGUGCACUUGUUUCGGGGCACAAGCCGUCUGUUGCGUUUCCUGGAAUAAUCACGCACGUCUGCCUGGUACCGGGGCUGACGGCAGGAAUGAGCCAAAACGUCGCGUUUACCUCGGAAGUUUUAGCGUGCGCUGUUGGUUCAACUUCAGCUCUUAAUUUCUGUUACAGUUCUGUAGGAAUAAUCUGGAUUUUAGAAGUUAAAAAAGCAGCACAGAAUGUCGAGUUCUCCACAUUCGGAGUUUCUUUUGAAAAGAAAAGUUUUCUGCCUUUCUUUACAGAAAAUCAUUUCAAUCUGCUGGGGUCUCUCACUAGAAAAUUUAAAGAUAGGAUUCCAAUCACUGAUGUCAGACAUUGAGCAAAAUUUAAAGCACUUUAGUUUAUAGCUGUGGUUAUAAACAGUUUUCAGAAGUUUCAAACGACUCGUCCAUUGAAUGUGACUUGAAGGCCCUCCCCCUGGACACAGAGGUUUUCUCUCUCUGCGCCUCGGGUCUGCGUGUCUGAGCGGGCUCCCUGCCCGCGGGGUCUCAGAGCCCCCACACUACCUCAGAGGGUCCCUGGGCAGCCCCGCGUCUCGGUGCCUGGUGAGCGUGCCGUGAGCUGUAGCCGGAAUCCCGGCUUCGGUCCGGCAGGCGAGAAGGACAGUCACGCCAGGUGUGUCCUAAGGGGACGGGUCUUCCGUUAGGCUCCCGAGGUGACAGCCGGGGCAGCCGGCGCGUGACAGGGCGCGUCUGGCUCCAGUAGCCAGGGUCCCUCCCGCGCUGACCCUGCUGCCGCAUGAGCACGGCCAUGGCUCUUGCCUCCUGAGCAGUCGCUGUUCACCUGAUGUCCGUGAGUUUGCGUUUCUCUAGUUGCAGUUUGGUGAGGAGGCAUCUCCGUUCUGCCCCUGUGUGUGCCCACCUGGAGGCUGGUCCCUGGGAGAGGCGGGAAGGUGGCCUCUAACUCUGUCACGGUGACACCGUCCUGGUUCUUUGUGUUUCCCCCGUUCUGUGGUGACACGAGGGGCCCGGCUGGUACCCGCAGGCCACGCGGCGUGGUGCCUCAGGGUGCAGGGCGCUCAGGCUGUGCCUGGCGGGGCUCUCCCAGAGCGGGAAGCUCCUCACUGCUCGCGCCCCGGGGGAGCUGGUCUCGGCCUCGGAUCCGCGUGUCCCCAAGAUCCCGGAGGGGAGGGCGGGCCCUGGAACACGUGACAGUGACGUGACCCGGAUCCGACAUUGCUAACUGGGGACAGACCACACGUACUUCAGAGUCACCUCGGUUUUAAAGCUCAGACAUUUGCUGUGUUUUUGAGCUUUGGCCUUCUCACCUGACCCCUCUGGUUUUGAGAGCCGGGGUCGGGCUGGUCGCUCUGGGCGUCCCGAGUGCGUCCUGCUUGUGGGGCGGCGCCGUGCCGUGCGGGUGUCGCUGUGCCUGGGCUUCCCUGGAGCCAGGACUGAGCCGCGCAGGCCGCCUGCCGGGCGCCUGGCGCUGACUCGGGAAGUCCGGGAGUCUUAGGACGGAGGUCGGGAACAAGUGGGAAAGGUGCGUGGUUAGCUAAGUCAGACUUAAGAACCAGAUCUCCACCAGAGUGAAAAGCUUUGAAGCUUUUAAAAAUACACAUUUGUCAUGGCCACCGAGUGCCAGGCAGACUAGUGACCUUCGCUGCCGCUAACCGCUCACCUCCCCGCCAGCCGGAGGGACCAGCCCCCACCCAGAGAGCAGCAGGCUCCUCGCUCCCCUCCCCCAGGGCACGGCCCUCCGGGGCGCGAGCGGAGCUCUCAGGAGCUAUGUCCCCUGACGCCAACCACGUGUCGUCCCCACGCAUGCUCCCCUCCCGUGCAGCCGUGGCCGUGGGCGUCACUCAGGAGCCACAGGGAAGACUGGGGCGGUGCGUGUGCGUGCGUGUGUGUGUGUGUGUGGCUGGACGUCAUGCCGGCCACACAUGAUCUCAUUUGAGGUAGUGUUUGGACGUGGGAAUAGUGUUGUCCUGUGUGCCGACGUGUCCAGAAUUUCAGUUAAUAAUGGAAGGAAAAUACGUGGUUACUGGAAAAUGUGUGUCCACACAGAAUUCCCUAAGGGGCGUGUUGUCUCAGCCACUUUUUCUCAUCAGUGUUGGUAAGAGUCAAGAACUCUGUACAUAUUUUGGAAUCUGAAGAAUCCUAUGUAAAUCAUUUGUUACUUAAAUCUGUGAAAAACAAGUUUCUUUGGAGGAAAAUAUGCAUUUGUAUGUGUUGUCUGGAAUCAGCUGUUUUUAUUGUAUUGAUGUUGUUGUUCUUAAGUGUCCAUUGUCUUCAUUGCAAUAUGAGAUUCAUUAAAACAUCCAUGUUUUGUGAUUACUAUUAUAAAAAGUUCCACGUUACCGGGA